CUCUGCUGUUGGACGAUCAUCUGGUUCUUUUUCUUGCUAAUAAGGAUGUAAUCUUAUACGAAUCUGUCAACUUUUUGCUGCAGACGAGGAAAAUCGGCUCUCCGUUGAACGUUAUCCAGCAAUUGUACUGUUAGUAAAAAUAUACGCCACGGAUUUGAGAAAGUAUCACCCAAUGAGCUAAGGACGAAUAUGGCAUCACUAAGGGACUGGGACAUUAUCAAACUAACCACGUUGAUUACAAAUGUCGAUACCAAACUUUCGGCUACGACUAAAACGAACCAAGACUUUCAGAUUCUGUGUCUGGUGAGACAGAAUGAUCAAAUUCUGUUUCGAUAUAUUGACACGGAUGGAAAGGUGCACCUGAUGUUGAUAUGUUGGUUCGCGGAAAAUAGUAAAAAUGUGCAGGAUAUCUGUUUCGAUAGUACCGGGAGUUGGUUGCUAGUGUUCUGCUAUGACAACACAUUGCACAUUGUCCCCGCAUUGUCAAUUUGUGACAAAUCCAAACAAGUGGAUACCACAUUCAAUCAGGAUGAAAUUACCUCUUUUAUUGUACCAUUUAUUGGACCACACGAAUGUCCCAAUCCACAAACAUGCCCCAACAAUUCGCACAAUGCUUCAUCGCUGGCAUCACAACGUUCUUCAAUUGUGUCUGAAACUAGCACAAAGUCUAGUUUGAGUGCAGAACUGGCGAGUCCGGGAGGGUUGACUCAGCAGCCGAAUGUACACACAAUGAAACGGUCCGAAUCAAUCUACACCACACACAAAAUAGAUGAAAUCUACUCGCUGAACAACAUAUACAAUCAGCUACACGGUGGUAAUCAGCAGCAGAUACCGGUGGAUGCAAUAACUCCGAUUGCUAUGAAAACUAUUGAAAAUUUCUUCGCGGAAAGUACUCCGCUUGUUGGUGCAGCACGAGAUGAAAAGUGUGCUACAAAAUCUCCCAGUCCGCAGGAAAGUUGCAGUAGAACGAUAAGCUCCAGCAUUGGUUCUACGGUAUCGAUUUCCUGUCCCUAUCCAACCAGCUGUAGUUGGUGGAAAACGCUUACGGAUGAACCCCGAGCCAUACUUGGUUAUUCGGAUGGUUCUAUUUGUGUUGUAGCUCUUACUCCGAAUUGUCCAUUUCUUGGUAAUACCAAUUGCGAACGGGGCUCUAUCGAAAAAUUGGUCAUCUGUCAGGACAACAGUAUGGAAACAAUCAGUCUAAUGAUCAAUACAUCCACCCGGGAACAGUGGAAACUGCUAUUGGAACAGAAGUCAAUCAAGUACACCUUUCCGGGUGAUAUUUCGCCAACUGCGAGUCAGGAACUGAAAACGGAAAUGUUAAAAUCACUCAGUGAAUCGGACAAACCGGAAUCGGGAGAAGAUUGGCAGAUUGUUCUAGCAUUGCCUAGCCACAGCAACGGUGCUAAUGGCGAGCAAAAUAAUGAUGAAUCCAAAUCCAGUCCCAAUGGAUCCGAUCCACAGUCUAGCGAUGAUUUCGAAAAAAUAGACGAUCAAUCGUCAGCUUACGAUGGGAAACCAGACGACAAAGACCAACAGCAGGCAUCCCUUCCGAGGCUGUUUCCUGCUGCAAGAGCCCGGCUGCUUUCGCUGAGAGAUCUGGGAGCAAAAAAGAUCGGGACUCUGAAGUUGAAACUUUCGGAGAGCCGAAUAAAAGCCAAAGAAAAGGAGAGAAUUAAGGAACAAGCAGCCAAUUUGGCUGUGAUGGAACUACCCGGUAUGUAUCCGGAAAUUUUGACCACUCCUGCUGGGCCCUAUUUUGUGGUUCAAUACAUGGAUGGCAAGUAUCUGCUGAGUGCCCUGCACUCGUACUCGGACACCCUGUCGGUUCACAGUAUGGACAUUAGUUUGAUUCCACUGCACAUCUACAAGAUACCCAAGCAAUGCAAGAAAACCGUCAUCACGAAGAAUGUGAUCUACACGAUGCAUGAACUGAAUCAAGUAUCGGAAAAAUCUACGGAAAGCACCCAUUCAUCGCCGGAAGCAAUUGACACUACACUGAAUGAUGUGUCUGUCCAACAACGACGUGACACGGAAAGUAGCAUCGAAAACAUUGACACUAGCACAAGUCAAACCCAAGCCGAUGACGAAGAAGCUACGACCGAAACCACCAACACGGAUACGGUGUCCGCUAUUUCCGUUAUAAGCUGCCAGAUGGCAGCGAUGAAAAUGGGUGACGAUUGCGAUUUCAACGAGCACGCAAUGUUAGCAAUGUUUCAAUUUCCGGAUGAAAAAAUUCUCGACAUUCAUCGAAUAAGUUCCGUAGGUUCUGCUGACGAGACAAAUGAGCUCGACGAACCCAAUCUUAUCGUUCGAGAUGAUCCCACCGAUGUUCGGUCGAUAUUUCAAAAAGCAACCGUUUCCAACUAUCUCAAAAUGCAGCGAACUCUGCGGAUGGAUAAAAAAUUGGAAACCAUUGAGAGUCAGGUGAUGUUGGAUCACUUCCCGAGGGUUGAAUUCGACCGGGCCGUGAUUGUGACCGAUAAGAAUCUAUAUCUAGUCGAGCUGAAUGACACAGCUCGUAAUCUGUUCCUGAAACUAGCGCACAAUUCAAUAUGGGCAGCAUGCGAGGAUUUCUGUCAAACCUUUGGGAUUUCACUUCCAUACUGUGUGGAGUACGCGGGAGAUGUUCUGCUGAAACGAAGAAAGAUUACGGAAGCACUGAUGACCUACAAUGUGGCACGGAUGCCACCGAUGAAAACGGCACUGAAAUUAGCAAUGGUCAACGAAAAUGGAGCUCUGAUGAAACUGUGCUCGAUGGCACUGCGCAAUUCCCACAUAAUCAACAGUCAAUUUGUGAUGCACGAUAUCAUGAAGAUUUUGGUAGAUGAGGCACAUCUUGGAAACGUGGUCUACGAUUCGUUGAUGAAUCUCAACGCAAAAGUUUCUCUGAAACCCAUAAAUGCCGGUGCGCAGUGCAGUGACUACUCGUACGAAAACGAUGAUGUUUCGUGGGACGUUCAGAUUUCCACCACUGCCCAGUUCCACCUUUCGAACCUGAUGCUGCUGACGCUGAGCGAACGUUGCAUGCAGGACAAGAAGUACAUCCCGCUGUGGAAUUUUCUAGUUACCAAUAGCAAAUAUCAUACCAGUUUGGCGUGUAUCGUGCUGGCGCACGGCAAACUGUACUCUUCAGCCGUUUUGCUUGCCAUGAGCCGUGGCACUUGUCUGGAUGUGUUUAGCUGUCUCGUUGGCAUCUGGGAACAGUUGGCUGAGAACAGUUCGGAGCUAAAUGCUUACAUGUACAAUCUGGCCAACGAACUGUUCAUGGAAAGUUUGAUUUAUCUGCAAGAAUAUACGUUGGAUUAUUUCGACAUGAUUCGAAAGUGUAUUGACAAGUUCGACAUAAAUGUUUUGGAGCGAUUGAUCCGACAGUUGAAUCCAUUUCAUCCUGUCUAUCGGCCGCUAAUGCACAAACUAUCCAACCACGAUAGUGCCAGUAAAGAGCUAGACAAGCCUCUUCUUAUGUUUUGCAGAUCGUUGAUUGAAACGUUCCUGGCGGUCUCCAUCCGGGCCCAGAUGUUGAAGAUGCACAGCAGCAGCUUUCUCGGUGCGCUUCGGUUAGUUCGAGUGCAUUACGACGAAAAACACAUUGAAAUGCGACUGAAGCAAUAUUCACCCAUCUCGGCUGGGUUUUCGCAUGCCGGAUGUGUGAUCAACAAGGUGGCCUUCCUGUGGGGCUCCAACGGGGUGAACUGUGCCCUGAGUAGGACUUCUCUGCAGGGUGAUCCACUGGCUCCGAACGGCAGUCCCCCGGUGGUUUCGUUUCUAAAGCAACUCGAUCUUGAGGUGCUGAGUGUGCAUUGCGGACGGCUUCAUACUCUUCUGUUGACCAGUAAUGGGAUAUAUUCGAUGGGUGCCAAUAACUUGAGUCAGCUCGGUAUCGGAUGUCAUGUGUUGAAUGCCCUUCAACCGAUGCUGGUACAAGCGCUGGAUGGGAAGAACAUUACGCACAUAUGUGCCGGUCAGUAUCACAAUGCUGUGGUAGCUAACGGACUGCUUUACACUUGGGGGUGGGGUAUUUUUGGACAGCUGGGACACGGCACCGUAGCAGACUGUCCUUUACCUAGGGUAGUAGAAUUUUUCAGGAAAAAGAACGUACAACAGAUUUCACUGGGCCAUGCACAUACUUUAGUACUUUGUAAGGCAACAACCAAUAAUAGUAAUAAUGUACUUUACGUAUUCGGGUCCAACCACUACGGUCAAUUAGGAUUGGGCCAAGAAGAUAAAUUCAAUGUUAACGUUGAUACGAGGAAUGGAAAAUCAUUUGUUCUGUCGCUGAUACCCCGCCGGGUGGAUUUCGACGAGGAGAUUAGCUUAAUCAAUACAAAACUAUUCGUCAAUCUCGUCCUCACUACCAACAAUCGGUUGUACACCUGGGGAGCAUCACCGCAGGCGCUGCGAUUGGCAACUCAAGCUCGCAAACGAGCGAGAUCAACUCACAAAAAUCGUCCGUCGCCUCCCGUGGGCCAAACGGGACCAUCGAAUGCCAGUGAAACCAAAGUUACUCAAGAAUUACUGCCGGUCUCACCUUCUAGUCAAUUGGAACCAACAACGUCCACCGAUGAGACAGCAGAUGAUUCAAAGCCUAACAGCGACACAUCGCCCGAUUCGCAAGACCAGCAACCAAAGACCAGUGACGUCGAUAUUCCCGAGAUAAGAAUAGAGGAUACAAGCGACGAUGGCAAAGGGGUGGAUUCGAAGGAUACUGACAAACAGUCGGCUGGUACGACUGCCUCUAAUGGGGAAGAAGCUGCCGAACACCUGUUUCCCACGUUGGUUGAUACCACACUCGUCCGGGAUGAUAUUGUUAAGAUUUCCAGCGGUCUGUACCAUUUCGCGCUAGUCACAUCCAAAGCGCAUCUCUACACCUGGGGCAAGAACAUCGAACGUCAGUUGGGCAGGGAGGGUGGUCGCAACGAGGUGCUAAUACCGACCAAACUGGACACCGUCACGGGUGUCGAGUGUGUGGAGUGCGGUGCCGAUUUUACACUAGUCUUGACCGAUGGCGGAACCAUAAAAUCCUGGGGUAACAAUAAUAUGGGCCAAUGUGCAAAGGAAAUCAAUCAGGAACGAAGCGGUGUUCCGGGGAAGCUGGUAAGGCUUCCGAUUUCAAACAGAUUGGUUCGGAUUCCGGACAGUUCGCAGUUUAUCGAGUUGCCCCAUGAUAUCAAACUACCUCGCCUCGAUGACUGCUGUGAGCUGGGAUCCGUCAGUAUGAGGUUGAUAAAGACCAUGCCGAAAUUUAGACAGAAUUUUGUGAUAAAAAGCAACCUGGAGAAGGUGAUUAGCAAUAACAUUUCGACAAUAAGUUCCAGUUUGAACGAUGUCAGCAAUACUCUGGAGAUGGAGGAUAUCGUGGGCGAACUGCGAACGGCAUUCGACUGCCGCAUACAGCAUCAGAAUGCAAGUGCCAUGUCCUCGUUGCAGUCCGUUUCGUAUGCCACAUCACCGACUUCGUUUGCCGUCGAUGAUGACGAGGAUGUUGAAGGGUUGGAUGAAAUCGAUCAAGACGAUCAGCAGGGCAGUUCGGAAUCUUCGUCGCGUUUGUUCAACGAUCGUCACUUGCUGAGUAAUGAUUUCAUACACUUUUGUAUGUACAUAUUUCACGGUUUGUACAAUCAGGACAACAUUCUCGAUUUGACCAAACGCUGCAACGAGUAUCACAUCCGAAUGAUGAUGCUCAACUACGACUACGUGGAAGCGUUCCAUCUGAUUUUGGAGCUUCUCUCUGCUUCCCUCUCGUCAUCCGCAUCCCCGCUAACGAUUACCAAAACAACCCUAAACCUGGUCAAAAUAUUCGAAUACUUCACCAAGGAUUCAAACAUCAUCCCAAUGGACACUGCCAACUUCAAGUACUUCAUCUACGAGCUGUUCAUGUUCUUCAUUAAACACAACAUCGCCCUGGACGUGCUGGAGGAGUACUUCCUGCGCAACCUGGAUUACUAUCUCGUACAGCUGGCUUUUGUCCUUUAUUUCAGCAAUACGCACAACCUGAUGGCAGGGGUGCGAUCAAACGUGAACCCGGAAACACUGGAACUGGAGCGAAAGCUACUGGAUAAAUUCAACAACAAUGGCAACAAUCUGCUAGCCACCGAAGCUUUCAGUGCAUUGUCGACCGGAGGUGGUCAACUGUCCAGUAAGGUGGUGCGCAAACUGGACAAUACCGAUGCCAUCAGCAAGGCACUGUCCACCAAGUUCUGUGUAACUUUGUGCCAGAAAUUAGUCGAACACUUCGAACGCUAUAAAUGACUGCUGGCGGUGGACCGAUCGCGCUAGUCGGUGGGUGCACUUUUUAACCAAGUUUUGUUUUUCUGUGUUUGUUUGGUUGGGAACCAAAUAUGUAUUUGCUUAGAUAUUGGUAAUUUUAAUUUGUGACUGAUGUGAAAGUUUUUUUAGCACACACUUAGUAGUACUUAGACAAAGAAAAAAAACAGCAGAAACGGUGUUGUAGAUAUUUAAACUACUUAUUUAUUAUUACUCUAUGUCAUUUAUGUCCUAUCAAAAUGCAAUAGCAUACCAAAAAACAAAAGAAACGUGCGAUAUUUAUCAUUAUCAUCUUGGGACUAACGCAUCUUAUACAGAUACGCUCGAUAUCUACAUAGGCUCAGUGAAGUUCUUUGGAAGAAAUCGAAAGACUGAUCCAGUUUUUUUCACAACGAAAUAUCAUCUGUUCAUGGAAAAUUAGUUUUAGAUCGAGUAGUGUGAAAAUUUUUGAAUUGUUUACAAAGCAAUAACAGAACCAAUGGCAAUGUCGUUUUGAAAAGAAAAGAAAAAAACAGCAACAAAUUCGACAGAGUUGGGCAUUGUUUUGUACUGAUAUGUUUUCUAGUUUUGUUAGAUUAGUGAAGACUUUUGUCGGUUUUAUAUACUAUACAGAAGGAAAUGGAUUUUGAGCAUUAUGAAUUUCAUAUUUAUAAAAAAACGCAAAGAUAAACUUAAACGGCUUCGCCAAUUUUCUUGGAUUUGCAGUUUUACUUCAUUUACAGAGGAACGCGUGACGUAAAACUAUAGUGAUAUUCUACUAAAAAAAGCUGAAUAAUGUCAGAGACAUAGCCGGAUGACUUGAAUACGAAUAAAAAGGAUGGUCGGAAUUGUUUGAGGUUAAACACUUCUCGGUUAAUUUUUCAAAAGGGCGUAUAAGCAAGUGACAGUUUCUCUUUGUUUACUUUCUCUUCUAUUAAUUACCAAGCGGUUUCCACGUUUAUCACUCAACUCUGUGCAUGAAAUGAUACCCGAAACUUUCGACUUUCAAACAGAAUAGUGAUAUCAAAGAAAAUCCUUUUAAUCACAUCACAAUAAUCGAAAGAGAGAGUGAUUAAACUGUCACUUGCUUAUACGCCCUUUUGAAAAAUUAACCGAGACUUUAGAGUGCAAUUUUUGACGUAGGUUACGUCUUUACUUUCAGAAUAAGACAAAUAAAACCGCAAAAAUGGUGGUCAGGCUUUGAACAUCUACAGUUCAAACAAUUUUAAACAGAUUUUAGUUAUCAUCACUUUUUGGGAAUAUUGCUACGCAUCGAUUCCAGUAGAAAAACUAUGGCCCUUAUUAGCGGUAUCACUGGGUUGAAUCAAGUGAAGUGAAUGUAGACCCUUCUAACGGAAGUCGCAUCAGGGAAGGAAGAAAUUACACGUCACAUUUUGUAGGAAAAAACUUCUGUUUUUCACUACAAUGACCUCGUCACUGAGCGUGAUAUUGGUAAUAGGUCAAACAAAGUGAAAUGAAUGUGAAAGUGGAAGAGGAGAACGGUAAUAAGAACCUAUAUUUUAUAUUUUGGAUUUGUUCUGUGGCCGUUUUCCUCGCACGAGAGACAGAUUGAUCGAAAUUACGCUGUUUUUUCGUAUUCGAGAAAAAUGCAGGAUGACCUCGAUCGUGAAAGCUUCUAUCACCAACAAACAUAACGGUCCUUUUCAGGACAUCAACAAUUCUGAAAUAAUGAUUUUCGAAAAAAAAAGAUUUCGCAAAGUAAUAAAUACAAACUCGAAAAAGUCUUUAAGGAACAAACAAAAAUUGCUACCUAAAUAUUCAAAACAAAUUUUAACAGUGAUUUUGAUAAUAGAUGUGUAGUUCUACGUCAACAGUUCCUGAAUUCUGGACCGAUACUCUGUGACUGCUCCAGUUCCAGAAUUCUGGAAUUGAAUACUGGCACGGAAUCAUGAAAUGAACUCGUAAACCAGGAUUAAACUGAGACUGACAGAAUCCCAGUUCAGAGUUACAGAGUUAAAUCAUAAAUAAAAGUACAACCGUUUCUCACUAGAAUCGCUGUUACUGUCUCCGUACGAUGGGAAAUCUAUGUUUAUUUGGUUUAUGGUUGAAUUCUAGAUCUGAAUUGUAGAAUUGAAUUCCGAACCUGAAUUUUAGAACUGAAUUCGGUAACUGGAUCUGGAAGUCUGGAACUUAAACUGAAUUUUAGUUCCGAAAUUUUAAGCCUGGACCUAGGUUUUGAAACUAAAUUCUCGAAUUGACUUUUUGAUCUAAACUUCCGUUUUCUUAAUGCACUCCCCUAUAUUUAAAAAAAUCAAGUAGUCCUGCGUUAGAAAAAGACGGGUGGGUACUCUCAGAGAUAUAACCGAAUGACGUGAAUUCGAAUGAAAAGGAUUGAUCCAGUCCUUUGAUGUUUAACGCUUUUAGGAGCAUUUUAAAAAGACUAGAUGAAGCUGAACUAUUCAAAAUAUUCGAAACAAAUUUUAGUAGUGGAAUAUUCAAAACUAAUUUUAGCAGUGAUUUUGACAAUAGUUGUGUAGUCCUACGUCAACAGUUCAAACAACUCUAUGGGCUGUCUCUUGUAGUUUUUUUUUAUAAAGAGCAUGGAUUUACAUAUUACUGGUUCAAGUCCACAUUAAGAUCUGGAUCUGAAUCGAAAUAUGAAACUGAACUAGAUAUCUGACAGGACCAAGUUCAAAUCUAGAUCCAAGGAUGGAUCCUAGACCAUAACUUAAAUUCUGGACCGAAUUUGGAAUUUAUUUCUGAACCUAAAUGUAAGAAAUGAAAUCUGGAUCUGGACUCUGAAAUUUGCAAUUUGAAUUUUUUGAUCCGGACUUUGGUCUGAACCUGAACUUCAGUCACAGAAUUUAAUUCCGGAAUCAUCCAGGUCCAGAAUUCAGUUCCAUUUCCAGAGUUUCGCCCAUGAGUCCUGGAGUUAAAUUCUGGAACUGGAUUAUGGUCUGAGCCUAAAUUUUAGUGCCAGAAUAGCGAUCUAGAAUUCAGUUUCAAAACACAGGUUCUGAAUCUUACUCCAAAAUUUAUUUUCCGAAUCCAGUUCGAAAAUGCAGGGUUUGAAUUCAGUUAAAGUUUUGGAAUCGAUUCCGGAAUUCUGAAACUAAUACUAAAUUCUGCAGCUAGAUUUUGGAACUGUAUUAUGAACUUAGAUACUGAAAUUGUACCUGCAACUAAAACUGAAUUCUAAAUUUUAAUUCUGGAACUCGCUUGAGGUUCUGGAUUUGAAUUCCGAUUUCAUACCUGGCCCGAAAUAAGUGCUAAAGGGGCACUGGUUGAAGUGUUUUGAACAGUAAUUUGCGCCGGCUAUCCGCUAGCAAAUAGUUAGUCACAAUUACCGAAUACUGCGAAAUUUUUUAAGUGUGUAGUUUCCCAAAAAAAAUAUUUUCCACGAAACUGUGUUCUUCACACUUUUCAAAGGGGCUUUGAGCAGUUCAAUAACGUUAAACUAGGUUGGCAACUGGCUUCAAACAAACGGUUCGACAGCAGUUAGGGUGGAAACCUGAUUUGGUUUGGCAUAAGCGUAUAGAAUUAAUGUAACGUAUCCACUUUUUACCUUUCAUACUAACCCAGUAGGUAUUGUGGGAAUGUUCACUGCGUCAAAACCGUCAUUUGAGCAUGAGAAAGGUAAACACGGCUUCUGACUUUUCCUCUUUAAUAUUCAUUCAUAUCAAACAUUUUAGAAGCCUUUAAUUGUUUUGUGGUUUUCUUAUACUACUUAAAAUUUGAUCAAAAAUUGUGGAUCAUAUUUCUGAUGGCAUGGAGCAUAAAUUAUGUUGGUAGAUUAAGUACAACAACAGAUACUUAUGAUUAAAAACUUAUCACUUUACCAGAUGGUACAUUUUGAAAAGGCACACCAAAAUCAAGCAAAACGUAUUCACGUCAAAAAUCCUAUGAACGAAGGAGGAUAGUUGUCUAAUGUCACAUUACUUGUGUCAAUGAAAGUACCACUAGUGCGGCUAAAGCUGUGUUCAAAAUUCGCUCAGCUUUGUCUUUCUCUGGUAAAUAUCAGUGCUUUUUUUAGUUUUAUUCCGUCGACUAAAAACAGUACUGAUACGUAAAUAUCGAUUAUUCCUCUACAUUUUGCUCUAACCGUUGUUCACGCACAAUCAGUUGAAUCAGCGAAACUGUAUUUUUUCUACACUUUUCGUUUAAAACCCAUCGACAGUUCAAAGUUGAACUAUUAUUGUCACUUAGCAAUUUGGCUUGAACCACUUAUCAAAACCAUAAUGAGUAACUCUUUCAGCCGCUUGCGCCAAAAAUGCAGUAAUUGUUGCUUCUGCUUUUUAUGUUGAACUGUUGCGUGGCAUUGGUAGUUAAAAUUGAACUGCUGUACUUUCAUAAGUCAAAAACGAAAUGUAAAAGGAAAAUGGAAUAGUGUGUAAAAUGUAACCAAAACGGUUACAUUGUAAACUAAACAUAAUGUUGAUCACUUAAACUCAUGAAAAAAAAAAUUCGUGGUAGAUGAAGACAUUAUUCAUUACCAACAUAAUUGGAGGAAGGAAAGAAUAUUUUUUUUUAUGCCUGUUUCAAGGUGGGUUUAUGGGUUUGCAGAUUGUGUUGCCCGAGUAGAAAAGAUUUAUUUUAUUACGCAUCAAAUUAAGGAUUCAAUUUUCCUCUAAUAUAUCACAAUCUAGUUUCUUCACAUGAGUGCAUAUCUCAUAUCAGCUUCAUCACCCAAAUUCCAGCAUUACUGCAAACUACUAUCAAACCAAUUGGAACGUGAUCGCACAGGCUAUACUAAUACUGAAUCAGAUGUACAGCCUCAACAGUCUUGCAAACUUCCUGAAAACGUUCCGUAUAAUAACAUUACAGAAAAUGGUGCUGCUUUUAAUAAGAAAAAAAUUGAUGCUGGCCUUCCGAUGUUACAUCAAUGUUAAAAUCGAUUUGUGGCGUUCCCACGAUCCAAUGUAAACCGUAAACGAUACAACACUUUAAAAAUAACUUUUGAAACACGUCUGCUGAAACAUACUUAAAAGGUUACUAGUAAACAUUAUAGGAUAUACUCCAUUGAUAUUGCAUGAAUGAAAACCGAACUUUAUUGAUAAAUGCCUGUUUCCAUAUUGAAAACCUUGUUGGCAAUAGAUUCUAUUGAAUGGAAAACUGUUGAAUUUAUUCCCCUAAUCGAUGUAAUGAUCAUCAUAUGUAAUUGAAAUAAAGGAAUGUUUUUCAUCAUAUUCAAGAA